UCACACGCGACACGAUCAGGAGACACCCAGGGACAGAUUACACUGUGAACAAACUGAGUCAGAAAACAGCACAGAGUCUCGAAGACUUGCUCCUCCGAAUGUGUUGUGUUAGUCCGGAAUCGGGCGAUGAAAAGAGUUUAUCGCUGCUGUCGAUCGCGUUUAGAUUGAACUGUAACAACCAGCACCUUCCUCUCUGUAACAAUUCGUUUACUUGCCGAGAUGUUUGAUUUAAAGGGAGGCUGGAAUCUCUCUUUCGCUGGCUGUGGGUUUUUGGGGAUCUACCACGUUGGCGUAGCCAGCUGUUUGCUGGAACAAGCCCCAUAUCUCAUUCACAAAGCCACCAGGAUCUAUGGGGCCUCGGCCGGAGCGCUGACUGCGUCGAUGCUUACCAGUCAAGCAUCCCUAGAGAAAUGCUGUAAGGACGUCAUUGAGCUUACUAAGGAAGCGCGGAAGCGUAACCUGGGACCACUUCACCCCUCCUUUAAUUUGGUCAAGGUGUUGCGCACUGGUCUCCAGCGGGACUUGCCACAAAAUGCACAUACGCUGGCCUCAGGCCGACUGUGUGUCUCACUCACAAGAGUGUCUGACGGGGAGAAUGUCCUGGUGUCAGACUUUGACUCCAAGGAUGAACUCAUCCAGGCACUGAUCUGUAGUUGUUUCAUCCCUGUUUACUGUGGUCUGAUCCCACCGGCAUUCCGUGGUGUGCGGUAUGUGGAUGGAGGAAUUAGUGACAACCUGCCCCAGUCGGAGUUGAAGAACACUAUUACCAUUUCUCCAUUCUCAGGAGAAAGUGACAUCUGUCCCAAAGACAACUCCACCAGUUUCCAUGAGCUGCGAUUCACCAACACCAGCAUUCAGGUUAACCUGGGCAAUAUGUAUCGGCUCAGCAAAGCCCUCUUUCCACCAGAACCCAAGAUCAUGGCUGAGAUGUGUCAGAGUGGCUAUAAAGAUGCUCUUCGUUUUCUCCAAGAUAACAAUUUGCUAAGGCUGGAAUCCCCAUCAGCUGACCUGGCCCUAACUGAAGUCAUACCUACCUGCUGCUGCCCAAGUGUACAAAAACCUGCUGUCACAGAAUCAACCAAAGAAUGGGUACUUCGAAGGUUCCGCCUUAUGAGAAAGCGCCACUGGUGGUUGGAUGAGCAGGUGGUGGACAACCUGCCUAUGCCCAUUAAGAAAGUGUUCUGUGAGGCCUGUAGAGAGAGACACGGUUUACUGGCCCAGAUGACAGGUCUGCUCCCAGUCCGAGUGGCCUCAUACAUGCUGAUGCCCUACACACUGCCUGUGGAAUCAGCCUACUCAGCUGCACAAAGGUUUGUGGAGUGGAUCCCUGAAGUGCCUGCUGAUGUACGCUGGCUCUUUGGGAUGGCAGGAGACAUGUACAGGCAUGGCUGGAGAGGAGCUGCUGGAGAAAGAGACAGUGUCCCCAUGCGGAGAUGUGUGAGUGUUCCACCAUCUCUAGAGACUCAGACAUCCAUCAAGACACAUGAUGAACAUCUACCAUUUUCUGCUGUCAGUCUCCGUGGUUACAGCUGGGACUUUCCAGACGUCCCUCAUGAGCCUCUCUCCACAUCAUCGGCCAGCAGCUCACGUAGCCCUAGUCCUGCCCCCAAACAGAUCUGUUUUUUUGCUGGUUCAGAGGACAAUGACAGCUAAAUGUACCUAUAUGUGCAACAGUGCCGUAAGACUGCUUGACAACUGGACAAUUGGUUAGUAUCUUGGACAUGUCGCAAGCAUCCUGUGACAUACAGGAACAUCCAGAGUUUACUUGAAUCUGGGAAACUAGAGCUGUUGCUAUGGAAAUGGUUAGAACUCGUGCCUGUUUAGCACUCCACUACUACUGACUUUCUGGAGCCUUAAUGUAUUUCACUGAACCAAAGAUGUGUGUUCAAGAUUUUACCAAGUUGCUGCUCUAUUAGAAAUGGUAUCACUAACUCAUGGACUUGGGGCACAGUUUUAUUUUGGCUCGAGGAUAUCCCUUAGCAUCAGGAUAAACCAAGAAAUAGGCAAUGUGAAAAGCUUAUUAUUGUACUACUCUUGUUGCAGUAUGUGGAGUGCUCUAUUGCAGUAUUUACCAUAUCCCCCUCACUAAGUGCUCUUAAAACAGACAAUAAAAGAUCUUAUAAUUACAUUAGAAUCUUUUAUAUCAGGUUUUAUUAAUACAGAUUCAUUUGGUGCAGUACAUCAGUGGCUGAAAAAGGUUGAAACAUUUAUGUAUCUAGAAUACAUAUGGUAUGAUACCGUAUUUGUUGUUCGUAUCACUUAAGGUUCUUCAUAAAUAAAAAUAGGAGGGAUGUUGUAUGUUCAAUAUGUUUACCUCAUGGUUAUAUGCCCUGUUGUCAGUUUGGCAUGUACAAUAUGCAUAUACGUGAAUAUAUGCACAAGUCUUAAAUGUUAGAAUAAUUACCCUUUAACCCACUGAUAUAUGUUUAUAUGUACAUUCAUUCAAUAAUAACAGUAAUACCUCUAAAAUUUCGGUUAUAGUACCCAUUCAAAAUAAAACAUUUUUGAGGUCUAACACAACUUUUAAAUGUAACUGUGUAUGUUCAUACUGU